GGAUAGGCAAGCGGACGUGUUUUAUUGAAGGGUGUUAAAAUGAAGAAGUCAUUAAAACUGAUUGAUAAACGCGUUGUGUAUAAUUUAUCUGAAGAAAGUAACCCCUCUACAUCUGGCGACGAGGAUGGCGAAAAUUAUUGAUGGUGCGCGAGCGCUUCCGGCAUUCCGAUGCGAAGAAAUAGAGAAAAAUCAUUUGGCGAAGGAAUGGAAGGCUUGGAAAACGGCACUGGAAAUAUACUUCGACGCGUACGAUAUUACGGAUCAACGAAAAAUGAGAGCGACAUUGUUGCAUUUGGGCGGACAGCAGCUGCAGCGUGUGUAUGAGAGCCUACCGGAUAGCGACAAGCUUCCAAUAGUGGCAACGAAGGCAAACUGGUAUGACGUAGCUAUAGAAAAACUGGACGCAUAUUUUGAGCCAGGUCGUCAAUAUAUACUAGAGCGCUGUCGAUUGAGGAGUAUUAAACAGGAACGAAAUGAGCGAUUUUCACACUUCGUGAUGCGAAUUAGACAGCAACUAUCGGAUUGUGGAUUCGAGAAAUACAGCGCUGAAAUAAAAGAAGUUUUAACAGUGAUUUUCAUUAUAGAUACUAUUAUUGAAGGUUGUGUUUCUGAUGAACUGCGGCGUAGAAUUCUACAGAAGGAUAGAUCUUUAUCGGAAAUAAUAGAAAUGGGCGCGAUGAUGGAAGGAAUCGAGCAGCAGAUUAAAGACAUCGAUAAAUUGAAAACACAGAACCAUACAUCAGAAACAGAGAAGAUCUUCCAAGUUAAGUCGGAACCAAUCAUGAAAAAUCGGAGAUCGUUCACGGAUAGAAGCUCAAUGUACGAUAUCAAGAAUUCUAAGCCAAGCGAAAGGUCCGUCAUAUGUUAUCGCUGUGGAACGAACGGUCAUAUCGGAACGUCAGAAAUUUGCAAAGCACGCAACCAGGUUUGCCGACGGUGUAAGAAAGUUGGACAAUUUGAAGCAGUAUGUCGGAAGAGUACUUUUGGAUCAAUCGGUGCAUCGAAGAUAAUAAAACCCAAGAGAAUUCGUUUAAUUGGAAGUAACGACAUUCAACAACCGCAAAAGUUGGAAAAAUCAGAUGACAAAUCUCCGGACGAAUCACGUGAUUCGAAGAUGUACUACUGUUUCUACGGAGGGAAUGAAUCGAAUGUCGUGGACUGCAACGUAGGUGGUAUUCCUCUCAAACUAUUGGUGGAUUCGGGCUCCGAUAUCAAUGUGAUACACAAGGAAGCUUGGACGCUUCUCAAACAACGAUGUAUCAAGGUUAUCAACUCACAGAAGGGUUCUUCACAAAUCAUUAAAGGGUAUGGAUGUGACAUACCACUGCGGAUUUUGGGAACAUUUGAGGCUGAAAUAUCAAUAGCAUCACGGACAAUACUGGCGAAAUUUUUCGUCGUAGAGGAAGGUCAACGCUGUAUCCUAGGCGAUGCCACGGCAAAAGAGCUGGAAAUUUUAAAAGUUGGUGUUGGUUUGAAUCAGUUAGAAAAACGUGACGUUCCUUUUGGGAGAAUCAAAGAUGUACAAGUACAAAUACAUAUGGAUUCCUCUUUCAAGCCAGUAUUUCAGCCGGUACGACGCGUUCCCAUUCCAUAUGAGGCUGCUGUCAAUAAGAAGUUGGAUGACCUUCUUGCAAAAGACAUUAUUGAGGUAAAAACAGGUCCAACGACGUGAGUGUCCCCUUUGGUAAUAGUGGGUAAAGCUAAUGGUGAGCCUCGUGUGUGUCUGGAUCUGAGAAGGGUUAAUGAGG